UUUUCAUUUUCUUCUUCCUUGUUUUCGCAGAUGACAUGACACAGACCUUUUGAUAGAUCAGAGCAAUCCUUCUUUGAAUUGAAGUUUCGAAGAGUCCUUCAAAAUGGGAUUUUCAACAUGGGGUUCUUUAGGUUCUCAUGUUAUAGUGGUGGGCUCUCAAUCUCAUCAAAGAAGAACGAAGUUUCAAUAUUUCAGAAGGACGGACCUGAACUCUCUUAAUUUCAAGUUCCAAAAACGCAGGCUUCUUCAAGGAAGGCUUUCUCUGAGUAAACACGAGUCAACUGAAUUUGAUGAGAGGAAAAGCCCACAUGAGGUUAAAGAGGAGAUCAAGCAAUGUUAUGAACUCAUAAACAGGCAAGGGAGAGGAGUUGUGUAUCUAGGUUCUUCAAGGAUGGGGCCAAGUCAUUCGCAUUACAUGCAAGCACAGGAGCUGGCUAAAGAGAUAGCAAAUCUUUUAGAUUGCACUACAUGGUCUGGAGCUGGACCAGGGCUAAUGGAUGCUGUCACUCAAGGUGCUAUGCAAGCAAGAAAACCGGUCGCUGGACUCAAGAUUGGAAGAGAACCGGGGGAGUGGACAAGUUCCAAUGUCCAUCCUUAUUUACCUUCAGAAGCCUACUUUACUUGCAGGUUUUUCUCCGCAAGGAAGCAUGGACUGGUGGAUGCUGCAGUGAGAAACGAGUCGUCUGAUAAGACUGCCAUGGUUGCUCUUCCUGGUGGUAUUGGUACUCUGGAUGAGAUGUUUGAAAUGCUGGGGUUGAUUCAGCUUGAAAGGAUCGGAUCGAAGCUUCCCGUUCCCUUCAUCUUGAUGAACUAUGAUUCAUUCUACUCGAAGCUGCUUGAAUUUCUGGAUUCCUGUGAGGAUUGGGGCACUCUCCGCAAAGGAGAGGUUGCAUCAUUGUGGAAGGUUUGUGAAAGUAAUUCACAGGCUUUGGCUUACCUUGCUGAGUUCUAUAACAUCUCUUGCAGCGAUACAAGGAAGAAAGAAACUGCAUUAGGAAGCAUAUAAUACGGAUAGGGGAAUUUCUCUGCCCUUCAAUUUUUAAACAUCAAAUAAUUCCUUUUCAUAAGCUGUUUGUUUGGAUGGAAGAUGAUGGAAGGGAAAGAGGGGUUAUAUUCAAAGGUUUUUUCUUUUUUU